AUGCUGAAGGUUGUUGGUGCAUCCUGGCAUAAGACCCGUAUAGGGUCGUACAUUCUAAUCGGCGCCUUAAUGCUAGCGGUGGCUGCUCUAUUUCUGGCCAGUAUGGAGCGUCCUAGCUACAAAGGCACCUACUGUGCAACGACCUACUGGGCACGGAAUUCUGGCUAUCGUCUGGAGUUCUGGGGCCAGCGUAACGAUCUCGAUCUGGUGCCGAAGGGUGCGGUUCGUGCAUGCUUCCGUGAUAGCAUUUUGACGAAUGGAUGGUCUCAGCUGGAGCUCGAAUCUCAAUCGUCCUACUCGGAUACGGUACAAGCGUAUGCGGCCGGCAUAAUGGAAGGUGCACUAACGUGGCACAACAUUUACAUGCAUUGGUUUAACACCAUCGAUGCCGUUUGCUCGAAGGACGAAGAAUCGGAAGAGUUUUGCGAUUGGUUGCGCGGUCUUAUCACCACCAACGUGGACACGGUGAAAAAGAUGGCGGAUUUGAAGGGAAAGCACGAUUAUUACUGGUACCAAAUAGCUUUGUUUUACGAUCAACUCGACGGGCUCGAAAUUGGUUUCCGGAAGGGUGUGAAGCGUUCGCGAAUGGAUUACGAAAUACCGAAGCAGGAUUUUUUGCUGAUGAACGCCGCGGUCGACAUACGCGAUCUGAAGAUCUACUACACGAACUUUUUGAUGGAAAACAGUGGUCUCAAACCGGACCCAGCGAAGGGUAUUAUGCUGCUGAAGUUGCUGAAACAACCGAAUGGUCUGUCGAAGAUCUUUCUCGGUCACACGUCGGACGGUAGCUAUUCGUCGAUGUUGCGCAUGGUAAAGAAGUACACGCUGCGGUACCACUUCUCGACGGACUUAACGCGGCCUGCAACUCCGAAGCAAGAGAAUGAGGAGGAAGACCGCUAUGUAGUGCCUGGUACGAACAUAGUUUUCACCGGGUAUCCGGGUGUGCUUGCCUCGCUGGAUGAUUUCUACGUGAUCAACGGACGCCGUCAGCACCGGCUAGUUGCUGCCGGUGUGAAGAUGGAAAACGAGCACGUCAAUCUGUGGCGCAAGAUUGAUCUGGUGCGUUCAGUUUCGCUCGCACCGCGUGUAAUGGCAGCCAAUCGGCUCGGUCAUAGUGGUCGCUCUUGGGCGCGUUACUUUGCCCGCAACCCUUCGACGGGCGUGAAACAAUGGUUGGUAAUCGAUAUGUCACGUUUCGUGCCCAGUAAUGACAGCGAUAUAGAACUGGUGACGGGCGCACUACCAUCAUCGGAAGAGGUGGACAGAUCGGCGGAGGAAAAUGAGAUUCCAACCACACUGGAACAGGAUUUGGCCGAUAGUGAACACCAGCAGCAGCGCAUUGUGACCAAGCGGAUGGAUGAUUAUGUAGACGAUGAUUUCAAGGAGCAAAUUGCUGGUGCACGGCAGGUUCGCAUGAUAACGGUGCCGAAGCUUGCAGAACCCGUUGAUACAGACGACCCGAAGGAAAAUGCAUUCGGUGCGGGAAUGUUUUGGGUGGUGGAUCAACUGCCCGGUCGGCUACAUGCCGAAGACAUUACGGAUAAGAUCGUUUCCGAUGGUUACUGGCUAACGAACGGUGUGCCCUAUUUCAAGGAGGCACUCGAUAUCGGACAGGCAAACACGAACGCUACCAACAGUACCACGACGACCAUGGAAAAGAUCCUGCAAAACAUCACCGAUCUGGAGACGCUGGCCAAGUUCUUCCGCCAGUCCGCAUACCGGGGCGAUUUAGAUCAGGAUGACCCGGCCGCUUUUGGUAACAUCGACCUGAAACUCUACUCCGAAGCAGCCGAUGGAACAGUCCAUUUCCGUGCGUAUUCUGGACCACUUUACGAUCCUGUACGAAAUACCGGUAGCACAACAGGGCAAGCAGCAAAACGGAGCAUAAUUAAGACGGAACAGCUACAACAAUCUUCCGCCGACCAGAAAUCACAGCAGAUCGAUUCGGGCAGCACGGGCACUGCCGUUGGCUCACGUCCAUUUGAUUGGAGCCGAAUUUUACCAUUCGAGGUGCGCCAUCAGGGACACCCAGAUGUUUGGGACUUUGAGCACAUUACUCCGGAAUGGGCGUGGAUAUGACUGCGGCAGG